ACUUUUACUUCCACAUAUACCACCACCACCGCUUCCGGUGCCCCACCAUUAGUUGUUAUCGAAACUCCAGAACCAUCCACUACUACUAUUCCUUGGACCGGAACUUUUACUUCCACAUAUACCACCACCACCGCUUCCGGUGCCCCACCAUUAGUUGUUAUCGAAACUCCAGAACCAUCAACUACUACUAUUCCUUGGACUGGUACCUUCACUAGUACUUACACUACAUUUGUCUCAGGUGAACCACCAUUGGUUGUCAUCGAAACUCCAGAACCAUCAACUACUACUAUCCCAUGGACUGGAACUUUUACUUCCACAUAUACCACCACCACCGCUUCCGGUGCCCCACCAUUGGUCGUAAUCGAAACUCCAGAACCAUCAACUACAACUAUUCCUUGGACUGGAACUUUUACUAGUACUUACACUACUUUUGUCUCAGGUGGGCCACCAUUAGUCGUCAUUGAAACCCCAGGUCCAUCAACCACAACCAUUCCAUGGACUGGAACUUUUACAAGUACCUACACAACAACCAGUUCAUCUGGUGCUCCUCCUUUAGUUGUUAUUGAAACACCAGAAGCUUCUACCACCACCAUCCCAUGGACUGGUACCUUCACUAGUACUUACACUACUUUUGUCUCAGGGGAACCACCAUUAGUUGUUAUUGAAACUCCAGAACCAUCCACUACUACUAUUCCUUGGACCGGAACUUUUACUAGUACUUACACUACUACCACCGCUUCUGGUGCCCCACCAUUAGUUGUUAUCGAAACUCCAAGUAGUGAUAUUUCUACUACUACUAUUCCAUGGACCGGUACUUUUACUAGUACUUACACUACCUUUGUUUCAGGGGAACCACCAUUGAUUGUCAUUGAAACUCCAGAACCAUCCACUACCACCAUUCCAUGGACCGGUACUUUUACUAGUACUUACACUACUACUACUGCUUCUGGUGCUCCACCAUUAGUUGUUAUUGAAACCCCAGGUCCAUCAACUACUACUAUUCCAUGGACCGGUACCUUCACUAGUACUUACACAACUACUACUGCUUCUGGUGCUCCACCAUUAGUCGUUAUUGAAACUCCAAGUAGUGAUGUUUCUACCACCACCAUCCCAUGGACAGGAACUUUUACUUCCACCUACACAACUACUACCGCUUCCGGUGAACCACCAUUGGUUGUUAUUGAAACUCCCGAACCAUCCACUACUACUAUUCCUUGGACCGGAACUUUUACUUCCACAUAUACCACCACCACCGCUUCCGGUGAACCACCAUUAGUCGUUAUUGAAACUCCAACACCAGAGCCAUCAACUACCACCAUCCCAUGGACCGGUACUUUUACUUCCACCUACACAACUACUACCGCUUCCGGUGAACCACCAUUGGUUAUUAUUGAAACUCCAACACUCCCAGUACUUACUGGACCAUGGGCAAACACCACUUACGCUACGUCAACCCUUACUUCAACCACCAUGGCCACUGUUCCAUGUGAAAUCUGUGGCGAUGUUACUUCUUCACCUGUUCCACCAACUCCAACCACUAUAACAUCAACUACGAUUGUUACCAUUCCAUGUAAAGUCUGUCAAGGCGGUACUACUGUAUCAACUUCAACAAUUGUCACUACCGUUGUCCCAAGUAACCCAGGUUCUCCUAACUCUGAGGUCACAAAAGUUACUUUAGUUUCACAACCUGCUCAAACCCCAGGUUCCGAUAAUGGAUCUCCGAACACCGAUUCUCAUAACCCAGAUUCAGUGGUAUCCCUCAGUCAAACUCCUCAAACAUCAGGUACUAUUUCAGUCCCAACCUUCGAAGGUGGAGCUUCUAUGAAAGCUUUAUCAUCAACUGUUUUGAUGAUUUUCUCCUUCUUAAUGAUGAUUUGA